UUCAUUUGAGAGAUACGUCAGUCACUCUCGAUCGAGAGUUUCGUUCACUUCCCUCUCCUCUUUCCACGCGCGCCGCAGAAAAAUGUCCUCCCAGGAAUUUUGCACGAAACAGCACUGACUCACUCGGAUGAAAGUGGAAAGACCAGGAUAAAGCCUGCACUGGCUGUUCUAUGAUCAUGACGAGUGUGUGGCGAGUUGUUACGCGGGAUAUCCCGAGGAUUUGCAGCGGUGUUCGUGUUGAAAUGUUACUUUUGCGUACGUAGAAUUGAGGAAAAAUUAUCGUAAUAUUUGCGGGUUUCUUGCAUUUUUGCGCGAUCGUAGAAUUGAGUCAAAGUUGGACAUAAUUUCGAAUAAAUAUUUGUUCGAGAUAAUUAUUCGUAUAUAAUUAUCCGUUUAUUCCUUUUGUUCAUUCGAGUGAAUUUUUCGAAUAAUUAUUUGGCAAGUACAUGUUAUUUUUGCACGUGUUUUCAUACUUAUAACACGCGUCACAUUUAAAGGAAAGUUCAUUGCAAAAAUAAAUGUGAGGAAAAUUGCGAAUACGAUAAGGAUGUAAAGAAUUGUUUCAUCUUCCCUUACGUAUGACAUAAUAUAAUUAAAUAAAUACAAUAAUGAGAUUCUUAUUUGAACACUUAUUAUACGAAUAAAUUUUUGUUCGAACAAAUACUGUACACGUAGCAAAUAUAUUUACUUUAUUGUUACCUAUUGUCAUUUGUUCCAAUUCGCUGCAAUAAUUAUCAAGAUCAAUUAAGAGAAUAAUUAAGACGAUAUUACCAAAGAAUUUGCUAACAACGUACGUGAGCAAUGAUAUUGUGUAUGAUAAUAUCAAUAGCAUUGAGAAAUUCUUCCACAGCGCAGAAGCACACCUACACAUAUUUAUAACAGUGUGCUAUAGGUUGGCUGUGAUACAGAUCUUAGAUACUUUCACGCCGAGACCUUGUAUUAAAGCAAAUGCAUUGCUAAUGUUGUUUCGUGAUACAGUUUAUCAAGAACGUAGUGAUCUCUAGAAGGGAAUAAAAAUAAUCCAAUAGUUACGUGAAGAGAAUAAAAAUGUGAAACAAUCCAAUACGUUGUAAUAAUAUAAUUUCAUUCCGUGCAAGGUGUUUUCGGAAAAAACGCGAUUCUGUGAUGAAGAAAUAAAAGAUAAAAUCACGAGCUGAAAUCAUGAUCCGACAAGUGGUAAGAAUAAAUGCGGAGAAGGAAUGGCUGGGUGCCUCUUAAAGAAGGUUUUCUCGGUGGUUGAAAGAGACAAGAAGGUAAAGCGGUCGAGUUUUCAUCGAGGAGCGAGGGGGCAGGGCGGGGAGAACUCUUCUUCCAACUCCUUACCAACUUUUACUCGGGCGAGCUUCCUUCUGCACCUUCGAUUCUCCCUGUUCAAUUUGCCACCCUUAUUCAGUCGUCGAAAAGCUAAGAAACGAAUGUACCUUUCCUCAAUACACUGUGCCGUCGUCAUGGCUACCACCGUCUUGGAUAAUCUUCCGCCUCCAAGGACAUGUUCUCCGUUAUAUCAGGCUACUUUAUUUCUCAUUUCGAUGGAAUCGUCGCCGGCAAUCAAUUUUAUCUCGUGUACGAGAAAUCAAUUAAUUGAAAUGUUUAUAAUUGACAAUGAACAUCCAGUUGCCCAAUAUUAUUGAAUUUAAGAAAAAAUAUUAGUUACAGUUGGGGAGAGCCAUGGCGUGAAAGGAACAGAGUAUUAUUCGUAGCCAUUCGUUUUCUAGCUGGCAAGAGAAGAGGCUAUCGGCAAAUGUACUGCAUUAUGUAUGAGCGACGCCGAUUCAGAAAAUGAAGCCUCUUUAGGAGUCGCCGAUAUAACCGAGGACAUGGAUACCGUGAAGGAGUACUUGGGAUACAUCAAUCCUCACUGGAUAGCGGUGGUGGUGACAGGGAUGUACACUCACCUUCGGCAAAUUUGCGUGAUUGGCCUGUGCUUCGACGAGGAGAGCACUCCUUUCGACCCGUCGUACGCGUCGGUGCUCUUCGUGUUCUCCGUACUGUGUCUCCUUGCGGAGUACAGACUUUGGCCUAGGACGCUCAAGGAACCGCCGAUUCAACUCCUCUAUAUCUACGAGAUGCUGGUUGCGGCGCUGACCACGAACUUGACGACGCGUGCCAUCUGGGUGCCCCUCAUGCACGUCAUUUACUGCCUAACCCAAGAAUCCAGCAAAUGCUUAUUGUGGUUCAACACGCUGCUGGGGCUGGGCCGUUACUCGUUUCUGACCGAAUUCGCGUAUUACAUGGCGAGAGACUGCGCCGCCAUGCACAUGGCCUUCUGCCUCUCCGUUCUGUCGUUCGUUUGGAUGUUAGACGCCACCGAGUCUUUGGACGCGAUUCUGGACACUUGGGCCAAGUAGUGAACCAGUAAUGUUUCGUUUUAUAAGACGCUCGUGUCGUAGAAUGAUCGCGAACGGUCUACGCUGUCCGAGUUGUCCGAGAAUUUGACCGAAACUAUCUCGUAACGAUUUACGUCGUUCGUGUUCAGGGAAAGAACCGGCGGACUUCUGGGCCUCUACAACGGUAACAGGAAACGUAUCAGUUUUGCAAAUCCGGAAGUGACGGAUUGGUUCGUAUACAAAUUCAUGUGCAGCACAGAUACUUACAGUGAGAGCAAACCGGUCGUGUGAUCGAUUUCUAUGUAAUUCCUUCAUGUGAUGUACAUGUAUUCUUUUAAUAAAUUUUUUGAUACUAUCGAA